AUGGAACUGGAGCCGUCCCUUGCCGCUCUCCUCGAGGCUGUCACAGCCCUCACAGCCACAGUCGGGUCCUUGCAGGACCAAAUCAAAUCACAAGGCAAGCAAAUCACACAGCUCACCGCCAUAUGCAAGGAGACCAACGACCUUGUUGGUGACAAGGACCAGGGCGGAGCCCAAACCAAGCCUGGCCCAUCGACUGGGCCUGUCACCCCUCCUACCCACUCAGGAGGGGAAACCCACACUCCAGGCACGGUUAGGCCUGGGCUCAAAGCUCCUUUCCGCCCUUCAAAAGGAACAGGAUUUGACUCCGAAGAGGAAGAAGAGCCAAGGAGACCCAAGAAAGAGCCUCAGGGAACGCCUAGGCGAUCCCUCAGUUCCCUCACUCCCUUCGACGCAGGGUCCAGCGUAAAAAGGCCCAAGAUGGACCUUCCCGACCCCUAUAAAGGAGACACCAGGGGACGCAAGGCCACACAAUGGCUGGACCGCAUGCUGCUCUGGGUAGCCCUUCACAGGGACCAAUUCGACGAAGAGGAGCAAAUGGUUGUGUGGAUACUCUACCACAUGACUGAUAAGGCUGCCGACUGGGCUCUCCCUAUCAUAGGGACCAUCAUCAAGGGCAAGGGAAACCCCCCUACUACCAUCCCGGCCUUAACGGCCAAAUUCAAAGAGGCGUUUGACGACCCCAACGCUAAACGGGCAGCCGCCAGGAAGAUUGCCGCGCUCACUCAGACAACCACCACGUCUGAAUACGUCACUGAGUUCCGCAAUCUUAUGGCGGAACUUGAUUGGAACACUGAGGCGUACAUUGCCCAGUUUGUUUGCGGUCUUCACUGGAAAGUAAAGGAACUCCUGUCCACCAAGGACAAUAUCCCCGACGACGACCUUGAGGCUAUAUUCGCUGCCUCUAUCAAGAUUGAUAAUAUUCGUCGGGAGAAUGAGGAGAACCGCCCGAAGAAGGCGCCCGCCAAGUCCCCGGUCACCGCGACCACCUCCACCACCACAACAAGGGUCCGCCUAUCUGAGGACCCCAACUAUGUCACCCCGGAGGAAAGGGACUGUCGCCGCGCUUCAGGCCUGUGUGUCAAGUGUGGCCAAAAGGGGCACGGGAUCAAACAAUGCCCCAACGGAUGGAAGGCCACGAUCAAGGAAGUGGCCAAGAUAGCCCAGGAUUCUGAAUCGGGAAAAGAUUGA